AUUGUGGGUCCUAGGACACUAUUUUUUCUGUAAAAAAAAAAAAACAAAAAAAAUUCAUUCCUGAUGUUGUUUGCUUUUUUUCCCUUUAGAUCUAUUUCACGGUACUCCUUCCUCUCUCUCUCCUCCAUUGAAGCGUACUCGAAAUUCUCCGGUGAAGGGGCUUCUGAUCUUUCUCUCCUCCAUUGAAGCAGUCUCAAAGGGUUUGGUUUGUCAAGCGUACUCGAAAUUCUCCAUUGAAGCGGUUUCUGACUUUCUGAGCUUUCUCUCCUCCAUUGAAGCAGUCUCUAAGGAUACGCCACUGCUGUUUUUAAAAUGGAUUCUUCAUCAAAAUAUAAACUUUUCGAAAGGGGUCUUACAAGUUACAAGAAGAAAAAGAGGCCUGCUGAUGCUCUAGAGCUAGUAGCCAAACGUCUAGUAAAAUGUUUGGAAGGUACCUCUGUGGACGUGGGCGCUGUGCACGUUGAUGUUGAUACGAUUUUCAAUAUCUUUACUUCUGUGUUUCCUAAUUUGGACGUACCUGUACGAAGAGAGGAUAGAUUAGAGUAUGUGGUAGAUAACCUCAUCUCUUAUAAUUUGGUACAAGCCGCCUUGUCAUUGACUACUACAACAUGUCCGGCUGAAUACAAAUUUCCUUUCUUAGAGCUACAGAUGCGAGUUCAUCAUAAUCAAGGGAAUAUGGAAGAGUUUUGGAAGAUUGCUCGGGAGUGGAAAGUCAAAAAACUAUUUGCAUAUGCAGAAACAGCAUAUAUCAUGGGGACUAGUAUGAUGGAUUCAGGAAAGCUGCAGGAGUCAAUUCCUUACUUUACUAAAGGAUUGGAUUUGGCUGAAGGUAAUAGAAAGCAAUCUUUGGUGGAAAAGAUUCAAAACAUGCUUGAUAAGGUAAAAAGAAUGAAGGAUGAAAGAGAGCUUGCACCGCAUGAAGCUGUACCAGAAAUACAGGAUGAUAUACAAAGUGCGGCACAAGAAGCAACGCAGUUGCUUGUUCAACAACAAGAAGCGGAGAAAGCCGAAAGAAAUGCCAAAAAACUUUUGGCUGAGGAGGAUGCGAGGAUCGUUGUGGAGCCAAAGAGAAAAGCUAAGAAAAAAGGAAAGAGCAAAGGAAAACAAAUCUUAGUGGUCAAGAAAGCCGUGGAGGUAGAAGAUGAGUCGGAUGGAAUGGUUUUGGAGGAACAAAAAGAAGAGAAGGAAAGCGGAUCAAAAUUGGUCGAGGAAAGAAGAUCGCGGAUGUUUGAGAUGACUCUUUAUGUUACCAUGGAGGAGCUAGAUGAAAAAUCUUGUAUGGGGUCUACAAAGAUUAACACUACAGAAGUCAGAAAAUCUUUUAUUGAAGCCGAGCAAUCUCAUAUUGAUAAUAUUCAAGAACUCGUUCAGUUAUGUCUUACUCAUGAGAACUUCCUGAAGAUUGAUCAAAGCUUUAAGAUUGUGGAGGAUGAUAGGCGUAUGCUUUUGACAAGUGAAGAAGUGUGCAGCAUUGAAUGUUUUUUUAAGCGUAAGUUGAGCGAAUUACCUCCGCAAUCACAAGAAUCAGUUGAAGCUUGGUGGGAUGCUAUCAAAGAUGUGUUCUGGAAAGUGUUCAGGUGGAUUUUUUUUUAAAGGUUUAUGUUGUCUAUCUUAGAGAUAUUGUGUUGGUUUUUAGAAAUAAUUUGUUUACCGUCACUAAUUAAACUUGUAUUCGUCGGCUAAGAGAAUCUCUACUAAAUCUCACACAGUUCCAAAUAAUUUUCUCCUUAAAAAUAAAGUAUUAAAAUUACCAAUUAUUAACUAACAUUGUAGCAUAUAGAUAUCUUGUUAGUUUUUAAGUCUUAAAUUAGGUGCAAAUUUGUCAAUUUUUUUUUUUUUUUGCAUGAAUAGAUUUACUAAACAGUACUUGUAGUAAAAAGUAAGAUCAAUAUUAGAUUGGACUUGAAAAUGUAAUCUGAAUAUUUACCUUUAGUUACUUGCUUUGUAAAUUGUUGAUUUGUUUUCACGUAGGCCUUGCUGGUAGAGUAAGCAAAAAUAGUGCUUGACUAUCGAUUUUUUUAAUUUUUUUUUAUUUUUUUUAUUAAGGAAUUGAAACUUUUGAAAAAAUACAGUAAGUUAAGAAUAAAUUGAAUAGAACAAGUAGUCUGUACUGUUUAGUAACCUAGUACUGAUAUAUGUUAUAGGAUUGAUUUUUUUCACUUAGCUAAAAGGUUAAAAGUAAAAAGACUCUUUUUCUUUAGACUUGUUUUAGUUUAGUCCAUUUUAAUUCAACUCAAAAGAAUAAGAUGUCAAAUAAUACUUGUAUGUUUCGAGAUAUUAAAAGUUCUCCUUUCACUGUAAAAAAAAUGUCUCAUGUCAAUUGCAAGUGUUUUGUUUUUUAAUCAUCAGGACACCUUUGAGAUGGAUGAUCACUUAGAUUUUGCUAUGUUCCAAUCAUAUAUCUUUUAGUUAUAUUGAUGUCCUUCGACUAUGAAUUGAUUAUAGUUCACAACAAGUUCAAGAAAUUUUCCAUAUCAAAUUAGAACAGCCCUAUAUUAUAGUUUAUGCUCCCUAAGUUUUCUUUAAGU